AUGUUGAUCACCAAGACCCACCACGACAUUAAGGCCUCCAAUGGUACUAUUAGAAUCUUUGUCAUUUCUCCUGUAAUUCAAGUUUACCCCGAGGCCAAGUUCCCUGGAGUAGUCGUCUUUAGCGAGAUCUAUCAAGUCACGGGUCCCGUCGAACGAUUUGCGGGGCAGAUCGCAAGUCAGGGUUAUGUAGUUGCUUGUCCAUCAUCUUAUCAUGAAUUUGUUGGGCCGGAGCCCCUCGCGUACGAUACCGAAGGUACCGAUCUUGGGAACAAGCUCAAAAUCGAAAAAGAAGUGGCCGCUUAUGAUGAAGAUGCGACACUCUCGGUUGACCUCCUCGUCUCACUUCCCAAUUGCACGGGCCGGGUUGCCGCUACAGGGAUGUGUCUCGGAGGACACCUGGCAUUCCGUGCUGCAUUUGAUCCCCGGGUCCUCGCCUCCGUGUGCUUCUUUGCGACUGAUGUUCACUCGAGGACGCUCGGCAAAGGCAAGAACGACGACUCACUGGCUAGAGUAGAGAGAGGUGAUCUUAGUGACGGCCGCACGGAACUUGUUAUGAUUUUCGGCAAGCAGGAUACGCACGUCCCACGUGCCGGUCGUGAUCUCAUCCGCAAGACCCUAGAAGAUUCAAACGUUAUCUUUAGCUUGUUGGAAGUACAAGCUCAGCAUGCCUUCAUUCGAGAUGAACACUCCAAGGGCCGUUGGGACGCGGCUUUGACCAAGUCGUGCUUUAACUUUAUGAUGGAAGUAUUCGACCGUACUGUAGCCCGCGAUUUGGGUAAACAUGUCCCUGUGUCCGGAGAAAUCAAGCAUGUUUGUUAG